AUGCACGUGAUCGCAGCCCCCUUGAUCAUCUCAGUGAACGGGAUAUUCAACAAACACAUCAACACCAACACUCAUCAACACCAACUCUCACCAACACCAACUCUCACCAACACCAACUCUCACCAACACCAACUCUCACCAACACCAACUCUCACCAACACCAACUCUCACCAACACCAACUCUCACCAACACCAACUCUCACCAACACCAACUCUCACCAACACCAACUCUCACCAACACCAACUCUCACCAACACCAACUCUCACCAACACCAACUCUCACCAACACCAACUCUCACCAACACCAACUCUCACCAACACCAACUCUCACCAACUCUCACCAACAUGUUUGCUCUACGCCUGAACGAAGGGUGCCAAUUUCACUACGGCGAGGGGACUAUCGGACCGCAAACUAUCAGUACAGAACAUUUGGGACGCCCCCUUUGA